CGGCGCCUUUAGGACCCAGAUUGAAGCAAGAUGGCGAGCGCGCGGUGAGUAGCCGUGGAGGAACGAAAAUCUGUGUGCCUAGCAACAGCUUUCACUUCACAAUAUCGUUUUUUCAAAUCACUUGCUAAGGAUCAUGGCUGCGGCAGUAAAAUGGGCGAUAUCAAACAGAACUAUCUGGAAGCAUUUACUUCCAAUCCAAAACGGAGCUUUGUCUAGUGCUUGUCACAAAUCCACAUACUCUUCUCUUCCGGAUGACUACAAUUGCCAGGUGGACCUCGCCUUGACAGCCGACGGCAGGACAAUAGUGUGCUACCACCCUUCUGUGGACAUCCCCUACGAACACACCAAACCCAUCCCUCAACCAGAUCUUCUGCAUAAUAAUGAGGAAACCCACGAGCAGAUCCUGAAAGCCAAGUUAGAAGUUAGAAAGAGCAAGCAGCUGGAGCAAGGGCCCAUGAUAGAACAACUGAGCAAGGUGUUCUACACCACGAAGCAUCGCUGGUACCCGCACGGACAGUAUCACAAUCGUCGUAAGAAACUGAAUCCUCCCAGAGACAGAUGACGACUCAUGAUUCCCCGGACAUCGGGAAAUUUUGCUUUGUGUCUUAUUUGCCAGCUGAGAAAAUGUACAUGGUACCAUCAUUAAGGUGGUCGGUAUAUAGGAAAAAAUAAAAAUACCCUUUCAUGUA